AUUUGAUUUGAAAAGUUACUAGUACCAGCUGUGUUUAAAUAUUUCUUUCGCAAAAACAAUCGGAUCUAAAAUCAAUGUUAUACGUUUAGAGAUAAUGGGUCAAUAGUAAUCGAGCUUAGUUCCGCUCCAGGCAUUAUUUACAGUAUCUACGUUCCCCGUAGCCAUUGGAUGAAAUUUUAACACCAUUUUUAACACUAAGCAUAUUUAAUCAACGGAAUACAGCCACUUGGUUCUUUUACAAUACAUGGUCGUUUAAGUCAAAGCUUAGUUAUGGAGUUGGAUUUAAAGUUUGGAGUUGUUUUAUUUCUGGUAAUGUUGAGCAUGCUACCAUGGCAAAGUUCUGCCAAGUCUCUUCUUGAUUUGACUCUGGAUGAAUACAAUAAUCUUUCUUCCUCAAAACCGUCAAGUUUUAUAGCAGUCCACUUCGAUAACAAAGAUGUGAGAAGAAAAUUUCCGAUUUUGCUGAAGGAACUACGAAAAUCGUCUGAUAUUCUACAAACAUAUGGUAUCCAAAUUGCUCGGAUAAAUUGUGAAGGUAUUUCAAUACAGCCCUGUAAAGAGGAAAACAUUUACACUUUUAGAAAUGGUGUUUUUGAAGAAACUCAUGAGCUAGAAGUCAUGUUUAAUGAGGAUUCUAUUGUGUCAAACUUGCUUCAGACAUUGCUCAAAAAUGAAGUACAAUUUAUCUCCACCUUUGAAAAUGGACAGAGAAUGAUACAAGAAGCAAAAGAGCAGAAAAAGGAUUUGGUGUUUUCAUAUGUAAAAGGACUUGGAAAUCAUGAUCAUGCUAUCGUUACAAAGAUUGCCUUUGUUUACGCUGAAAAUAUAAUGUUUGGAUUGACUACUGAUACAAAGUUGGCAGUAAAGUUUGAGGGUUUGUUCACCGACGCUGGCUCCUUAGCAGUGUACAUGUGCAAAGAUGCUCCCCAAGACCAGGAUAAGCCCUGUAAAGUAGUUAAAGCAAAGAAGAUGUCAGUCAUUUAUAUUGCAAAACUUCUUCAGAUGCUUAGAGUACCAAAAUAUGUUUACCUUCCAGACAAUGGCACUAAUGUAUAUGAUACUUUACCACUAUCAGUUGAUAAGCUGUAUAUUUUUACUGACAAGAUCGAAGAAAUCAAUGAGAAUGAAGUGAAAAUUAUGGCUGACGAUUUCGCUGGUAUUGGAGGAAUCAUUAUCGUUGAUGUUAAUAAGCACAAAGACAAGAUGGAUGAGUUUGGUUUAUCAGCAAAAGAUUCAUUCCCAACAGCUGCAUAUGUCCCUGCUUCGUCCACCAAGUCAAAGCCAAAUGUGGAGCUUUUCCCAAAGAACAACUUUGUGUUUUCAAUGGACAAUGUAAAGUUUUUUUUGAAUCAAUUCCUCCAGAAUCCAAAAAAAGAAUACAGAAUAAAAGCUGAGUCAUCUUCUCUUCAGUCCAUCACGUACGAUCAAUUUUCCAAAAUCUCUUCACCGUCAAAGACCUUUCUUUUUAGUAAAUCUUACUUAUUGGCUGCUUUCUGUGAAAAAGUUUCAAUAAACCCAGACUGUCAAGGCUUUGCAAAGCAUUAUCGACGUCUCGUGAGAACACUGGAUAGUAUGGAAGAUGAUGAUAAUGACAGCCCCUUUUAUAUUGUUCACGUGACCCUGGAUGAUGGCCAAGACGUACACAUUGGUGGGCAUGAAUUACCUCAUGUUCGUCUCUACACCGAGAAUAAUUCCGACGACUUUAUCGUUUUCGAGGGACAACCUGACUACGAUGAAUUGCUGAAAUUUAUACGAGAGAAAACCAGCGGAAGAGACUGAAGACGACGAGGUUGCAGGAGCAGUGUGGUACAGCGAUCUUCCUAAAGUCCCCGAGGAUAAAGUACCUUCACUGACGGACAAGACCUUCAUGUCAACACGUGAACAGGGCGACUUGCUGGUCGUCAAUUUCUUCCAGCCCUGGGAUUCUAGGUCACGUGCUUUGGUUGGACCUUACGUGCAAGCUGCAUUGAGCUUAGGUAAGAAAGACAUCGGUAAUUUCAACGUUCGUCUCGCUCGUGUGAACUGCUUCGAUUGGACUGAUGUCUGCCAGAACAACAACAUCACAACAUACCCGACCAUCAAGUUCUACCGCAAAGGCUCCGAUGAGCUCACAUACCAAGGUGCUCUUGAUGAAGAUAAUUUGGUCAAAACUGUUCUUAUGCUUCACUCGUCGUCUCCCUUACAGCUCGACUCCCUGGACAAGAUAGAUUCAUUUUUGAAAGGCGAAUAUCCGAGGAAUGCUAAAGAAGCAAGCGAGACUGCAGUUGUUGGACUGUUCGCUGGUGCUGAUAGCAAAGAGUUUCAAGUCUUCUCUGAAGCUGCUAGUGAACUUCGUGGCUCUUUCAUCUUGGGGUAUGCCACAGGAGACGUCGCCAAACAAGCGUCUGUCACAUAUGAAGUCAAGUUGCCGGCAGUUUUUCUCGUCAAACGAAACGAUCCCAAUCGUCCACGUGUUGUAUUCGACCAGGACUUCUCGGCAAGGAGCAUCGUGGAUUUUAUUCGCAUGUAUUCGCUUAGUUUAUUUGGAGAACUAACACCAUUGAAUCUGCCGCUGUACUUCAAGUAUAAUCGUCCAUUUCUGAUCGCCUUCAGAGCCACGGCAGAGGAAGAUACGACUCUCUGUCCAGUCAUGAAUCAGCUCGCUCAGGAUCCUACCAUCGACCCACUCAUGCUUUGCUGGAUGGCACGAUCAUCAAAUGACGUCAAUGACGCCGUUCUAGAGAUGUACACGGGUAAGACGGAUACACCCGCACUGGUCCUGCUUUAUCAUAACAGGGGCGUGUUGUAUCAUUACAAGGACAAAAUGUCACUUGAAGACAUUACUGCUUGGAUCAAACGAUGCCUGUCCGGAGAACAAAAUCCUUCACGUUUUCUUAAGAGUAAUAGCUGGAAGCCACUGCUUGAUGGUUAUGACUAUCUAACCAUGUUAGAUGAGGAGAGAAAACGUAGGGAAAGAAAAGAGCGCCGUCAAUACGAGGAGGAGGAAGACGAGAAUAUAGAAGACGACGUAAAACCUGAUAUGAUUGAAGAGCCGACAAGAAAAGCGGAACGAAUGCGACUACGAAAACCAGAGGAUUUCAGGGAUGAGGAGGAGAUGCAGAAACAUGAUGAACUUUGAUAGGUGUUAAUAUUGAGUUUAUUUAUCAAUGCGCAUCAUCAUCAUCAUCAACAGGUAUCAUCGUCAUGAUCAUACGUCAUCAACAUCACCAUGUAUUAUCAUUUCAUCUUCGUGAUCAUCAUACGUCACCAUUAUGAUCAUACGUCAUCACAGUCAUCAUCAUUUAAUCGUAACCACGAUCGUCAUCAUAUUUUCUCGUAUGUUCUUUUAGUUAUUUUCUCGUAUGUUGUGUUUUUUUUUAGUUUUUUUUUUAGUUUUUUUUUUCUUUUCCUUUUUCUUUUUCUUUUUCUUUUUUUUCUUAGUUUAAACAUUUAAUUAAUUGAUAAAACGUUUUCUUUAUAAAAGUUUUUAAAAUAACUAGGAAUAAACCAAUAAAGUGAAAAAUGUACAACUCGUGACAUAAUAGAGAAUAGAGCGAUAAGAGAAUCUAUAGAGUGACAGCUAUAAAGGAAGAAAGAAAAAACAGAAUGGGAAAGGCAACAGGGACAAAAAUUCAAUUGAUUUCUACAAAUCAGUCUGUAUACGUAACUAAUUUAAACGAAGAAUUUUUUUAACUUUAAGAAAAGGGAGGAAUCAAGGAAUGAAGAAAGAUUAAAAGAAAGGAAAAAGAAAAAAGGGAACGAAGAGAGAGAGAAAGGAAGGAAGAAAGGAAGGAAGGAAGGAAAGGAAAAGAAAAUGACAUCUACAAAAAUUAAAAAUAAUUUUCAUGUGCAUUAAUCAUUUCAAUAUUCGUUAAAUCAUGAUUAAUGAUUGAUUCGAUGACUUAAAUUUUCAAAAACUGUCAAUUAUGAAUGACUAUGGUUUUUAUACCGGAAUGGAUUACUUCAGGGUGCAGUACGGGAGGAUUUCAUCUUGUCGAGCCCUUCCCAAUGAAUCUUACUUUUUCACAAAAAGAAGAUUUCGAACGAAAUUUCUUCUUUGAGAUACUUUUCAAAAUCCAGUUUUACUGUUCCAAAUAUAUCCACCUGAGAAACUAAAACUAUUUAAACUAGGUUCAAGAUUAUCCGAUAAAGCAUUAGAAUCAUCAAUCACGUUCUUUAAUCUCUUAAAACUUGACUAUUAUAAAUAGACCUGUGUUUUCAGUAUGAGUGGCGCUAUGCAUGACGAACGAUCCUAUUCAACCAAUCAAUGGUUUACUAGUUAUAUAAAUAUCCCCUACCGAGCAUUCUUGAGAGCGUGUGUUUAUUGAAGUAUUUAUAGACAAUCUAUUUUUAUAAACUUUACCAUCAGAUAGAUUGAAAUAGCUCACUGGCAAAUAUUUUUGUAACUGACCUUACGACAACUCACUUAACAAUGGAGUCUCUUAGCAUGCGUUGAUGGUUGUGAGACCAAAUUUAUACAAACAUUACUUAACGAUUAUUGAACAGUAGUUAAUUAAGAAGAUUAUAUGAACGAUAAUGCACGCGUGAAACUGAUUUAAUACAGCUUAAUGAGGUGUGAACACUAAUGAAUAAACAAGCUAAGAGAAUGUUUUUAGCUGUCGUUACUAACUAUUUUCGCGCUAUAGGGUGUAGUCACGGGUUAACAGAGUCCACUGAGUGCUUGGAGACUUGGAAUGAUCUCGAUAUUUCAUACUCUACUCUAUCCUGUCGGUGAAUAAAUCAACGCUAGUCYUUUAGCUUUCGUUACAACUGUCUCCACUACAGGAUGUUGUCGCGUAUUAGAGGAUUUUGAAAAAAUUAUUGCCUGGGGUAGCCUUAGUAUUGCAUGUACUAUGCCUUCGUUGUGCGGAAUCACAGAUAGAGCUAUUUCAAAAAAAAAGUUGAUAAAGAUUUCGUUGCUCGUUGCAUACCAAGCCCGAAAUGCACUAUGGGCGAUGUAAAUCCAGUCAACCAAAGGUCACAACGAUAUGGAAUUUUACCAAACUUUGUAUGCACGUUUUUCUAAUAUGUUUUCUUAUGAGCUGACAUCACUCACAUAUGAAUAUAUUAAAUUUCAAGCUUGGUAAACUUAAAACCUUUUAACUUGCUUUUUAACUCGUGCAUAACCGAAGUUUGAAAUAGCUGUAUGUAGACCGCUUUGAUCUGUUUAAAUCGUCUGCGUAUCGCGUAGCGACCUCUUGUAGCACAUGCUGUGCCUAUGCUGAAACUAACCAAUUCUAUACAGUAUGCGGCUUUAGAACUUGCUCAUUGAUCUCACAGAGUGGAGCACGGUUUUGUGGUGACUCUUAUUUCAGUUGCACACCAUGCACGUACUUCUGGGAAUCAAUCGACGGCUAUAAGUAUAUCAGACGAAGAGGACAGUAUUGUCAAUCUUUUGAUAGAAUACUCAUUAAUAUAUUUGAUUUAUCGGCUUGGGUAGUGACCUCGCUUCCUCAUACGCCUUGUACAGCCUUGGAUCUAAUAGCUAAGUACUGAUUUUUGUAAUGUAACAGCGUUAUCUUAUCACCUUAUUCUGGUUCAGCAGUAGAAGGAAGAUUGAUUAAAUGAAGUAUCAGGAAAA